UGACCGGCAGUACAGCUGACGUAGUUUUUGGGGCAUUGUUCAAGGAGGUUAAAGCGUGUAGUUUGCAGUGUGUACAUAUUUUUAAAAAUAGCGUUUUUGGGGCCGUAGUAUUUAGGUAUAAAUACCUAGGACAUUUAACAAUAAGUGUUUUUCGAACAACAGUAACGUUACUGGGGAUACAGAUACUUAAAAAUAGACACACUAGUCGUAUAACAAAGCAUUUGGCCAGACUGCGCGCUAACAAGGCUAACAGUUCCUUAUACUUACAAAAGGCACACAAAGGAAAUGCGGUCGAUUAGUUUAAAAGCAUUAAAAAGAGGUGUCUAAAUGAUCGAGUUAAUCUACUAAAAAAAGGCUAGACGUACAGACAGCAUAUUAAGCUGUGAUGUAACUUGCAGUCAGUGGAGUGGUAUUUGUUAAAACAAGAACCUCAGAUUGAACCAGCGAUUCUGGAUUUGUCAGCCUAUUGGUAUCUGAUUUCGAAAGAUCGUUUUGAGUACUUGGCAGCUACUUUGCAACGGAUUCUACGUUAGCUAAUUUUAUUUGAAGAAUGAAGCUGACAUUAUGGCGAUAAUCGCGAAAAACGAGAUAUCCAGACACUCGUAUUCUGAAACUAAAAGAAGGUAGCUAACUGGGAGCUAGCAAACAAUUAGCGAAUUGUUCCUUAGCGGGGCUAUCUUGUCACCCUGCUAGUGUCAGUUAGCUGUGAAGAGUAUAGUUGUCCUUCACCACUGUCACAAGCGUUUGUGUUAAGUUUCACGUGGGUGGCUAUCUAAGGCCCUGGUCCCCCGUGUUUUAUGUUAUAAACUGUUAAGAUACGUCUUAGAAGUAGUUAAGGCUGGCAGGCUAACUAGUUAGCUAAGCUAAAGCUAACGGUUUUAGCUCCCCAUUACAUAGUAACGACAGUUAUAGCUGCUGACUUUGAGUGACAGGAAGAGAGAUAUCAGUGGGCUUUUUUUUCCACCCUCGACACUAAUAAUGGCAGCACCAACAAACGAGGCCUUGUUUUUGAUAAAGGAUGUGAAGCCUGGCUCGAAAAAUUUGAAUAUCGUGUUCAUCGUUUUGGAAAUAGGUCGAGUAACCAAAACGAAAGAUGGCCAUGAGGUGCGCUCAUGCAAGGUGGCAGACAAGAGCGGUAGCAUAGCUAUCUCCGUUUGGGAUGAACUCGGCAGCCUUAUUCAGCCAGGGGACAUCAUCAAGCUAACCAGAGGCUAUGCAUCUAUGUGGAAAGGCUGCCUGACCUUAUACACUGGAAGAGGAGGAGAUCUACAGAAGAUUGGAGAAUUCUGUAUGGUGUAUUCAGAAGUGCCCAACUUCAGUGAACCAAACCCAGAGCUGCUAGCCCAAGCAAACCAGCAAAACAAGUCUGGGAAGCCUGACCAGAACCAGAGGGGGAACUCUCCACCCAAUCAGAAUUCAGGUACAUCUGCCCCACCAGGUAACGGUGCCAUGCCGCCAUUUGCCAACAAUAAUCAACCGCCUGGUGCACCCCGUGACCCCACGUUUGGGAACGUCGGGCGGCCCAAUGGACGGUCACCUGGCAACGGUGCCCCUUCGGUUACUGCUGCUGGAGCCCCACCAGCUACAAAGUCCUCAGUUACAAUUAGCAACGGCAGGGACCCACGACGUGCCAAAAGAUGAAAUUGGGGGUUAGAAGGUGCAAGGGAGGGGGGUAUGUGAGAAAUCUAUGGAUGUCUCCAUUUACCCCCCUCUUACAGCUUUCCGACCUGUCUGCCCCGUCUCAUCACAGCCUGUGUUGGCUAUAAAAAACAAAAACUGACUACUUGCAGAAUUUCUUUCUCUUUUUUUAAAAAAAUCCAGGCUAACAUAAUCAGAUGUGUCGUCUGUCAUGCGUAGUGCAGGUAGUGCUCUCAUAAGCAGCACAGUGUGAUUAUGAUCUACCACUUUAUGCGUUAUCAGGGCUUCUUAUAUAGUCGCGACCUGGUGUGGCUGAGCUCUGGGCAGCUUCCCAGUCUGCACCCUUCUUCUUCGAGUUGCCAGUUCUGUGCCAGUGUUACCCCCAACUCCCAAACAAACACCAACCUGAACCCUUGCCCUGUUCAUGUUCUUUAAAACUAUACACCCUACUUGAACACUUGAUGCACUUUCUUCUCUUAAUUUAUGUCAAGGCUUAGCUGUCAUUUAAUUCAGGAAAUCAGUUUCUGCUUUAUUUAGUUUUUUAGUGGAAAAAAAAAAAAAAAGGCCUUAAGUUGGUGAAAGUAAGUAGUUGAACUGACUGCCUAUGUGAAACUCUUCAAACCAAACUGUUUUCUGAAGUGACUGUGUGAAAGGAAAGGUGUUUUGAGUUUUAAUGAUAGGUAGGUAGACUGGUAGUGAACUGUUUCCUUUUUUUUUCUUUUCAAUAAGACGUAUUUUUUCGUUUUCUUUCUUUCUCUCUUUUUUUUCUUUGUUGGCCAUCAACUGUACCUUUAGGGACCACUUAAAUACUGGCAAAAACGGUUCACCAAAUAAAUUUUAGAGCAAUUUUCUGUCA